UCGUGCUAAGUCAUCCACCACCAACACCCCAACUCCGCGCAGCCAUUGGACUGUCUGGCCUGUCUGGCGCGCCUCCUUCCAAUAUCCGAGAACCAUAGCACCCGCGCAUUAAGCAUCGCGACACGUGCGGCCUGCAUGUGGGAGAGCCAUUGGGCGGCUCCGCUUCACAACCUCCCCUGAUCUGGGCCAUGCUCGCAGUUUCACGCACCAAAUUACCCGGCACUUGAGGCACAAAUGGCGGGCAUGAGCGUCUACUCGUUCUACAUCUUCGACAGGCACACCGAAUGCAUCUACUCCAAGCGCUGGACUUCUCCUCCCGCCGUGCAGCAACGAGCCCCAAACACAAGCGCCCUCAAUAAUGGCGAACUUCCCGUAUCAGCACGAAGGGCUCUGAAGGCCGAGGACGACGCCAAACUUAUCUUCGGCACCGUCUUUUCCUUGCGGCGUAUGGCUCGUCAGCUCGGUGGGCAAGAUGACCAGUUCUUGUCAUACCGCACUGGAGAAUACAAGCUUCAUUAUUUCGAGACGCCGACGCAACUCAAACUCGUCAUGCUCACUGACACCCGUGUUGGCAAUAUGCGCACCGUGCUGCAUCAGAUCUGGGCUACGCUGUACGUGGAGUAUGUUGUGAAGAGUCCGCUUGCGCCAACGGAGCAUCCCAAAGGCGUUGGCGUGGCGAAUGAGCUGUUUGAAGGUGGCCUGGAGUCCUUCAUUGCAUCCAUAUUCUCUCCUCAACAAUGACGAAUGCAGGACGCCUAUCUUUCACGAGAAGACACAUGUGAUCAGACCCGGACCGGAGUACCAACUCCUCGGUCUUGCAAUCCUCCGCAACUGGUUCCGAGAUCAUGGCGUCAGCGUCGAGUGCUUCAUGUCACUGACUAGCAACGCGCUGAGAAAUUGGUGUCACAACUGCCACAAGUGCAAGAGAAAGAGCAGCCACCACAAAGCCAAUCUAGCCUUGAGCUAAUGAAAACAAGAUGCGAUUCGCAAACAAUAGACAGAGCCAUUUUCUUCCAAGACUUUGGCCAGCAGGACUGGAAUGACACCGCCUCACAGACUAGAUACGAUCCAAGCCACAGGAGCCUCGGCGCAUUACGCACCAUGACUUGACGAUCACGGAAGGAGAUGCGACAGCAGGGCGGAAUGAAUUACAGUAGCACGUCGAAUCACACGACCAGCGAAAGUAAAUGUGCGAGAUAGCGCUAGCUCUUUCAGCGCAUCUCGCAUAUUCCCACAAGAGGCUCAGGUGUGAUUCUAUGAAAUUUACAGAACCACGCUCUCAAGCAUGGUCAUCG